AUGUCGCUCUGGUCGACCUCGGAUGAUCCGCAACUCGCGUCGUUGAAGCGGCAGGUCGGGUCGUUGGAAGCGCAGUUGGCGAACCAGGCGGACUUGCAGCUGUCGCUCAACUUGGAACUGAACGAGCUCAAGCAGGGCAAGAAGGAUGACCUGCGCAAGGUACGAGCUAUCAGAGUUCAGUAUGGGGGUCUCUGCCUGGAAUCCGUGUCACGGAGCUGACGAAUUGCGAUCUUGGUUCAAACAGCUGCAGGAGGAAUCCCAGAGGGCCGUCGUCGCGGAGGAGCAGUUGAGGAAACGAACAGAGGUAAGUCAAAGAUGUCCAUUACGCACCUCACUUUUGAGCACAUUGUUCACAUCUUUGAUCCAACACUAUGCAGGAACUCAAGCUAUGCCAGACACAGAAGGCCAACUCGCUACAGGCGUGCUCCAACUUUGAAGCAAAGUUGAAGGACGAGCAAGCCGAGGUUCGGAGAUUGAACUAUCGUCAGUGCAGAACUCUGCUAUAUUCAACCUGCCUUUAUCGAGAACUCAAUAUUUCAUUCUACUCUGCAGAACUGGAAAACAUGUCCGCUUCGACCGCGCCGAAUGGGAACGGCGGCGCGUCAUCGAGUCAAACCCGACUGGCCGAGACCAACUCGGCGCUCGAGCAAAAGGUGCAGCAACUCACAUCCGACCUACACAAGGUGCAAACCCAAUUGGAACAGGAAAAGGAGAACAAGCCUGCCUCCUCUGCAGCUGCUACGAGUUUCGGGUUCGAUGUGAGUGCUUGCUGCCACCGUCUGCAAAACCCACAUCGGGCGAGCUUCUUGGCGCGCGCGAGACAAAACAUCGUGCUCACGUGACUUUACACGCGUUCUACCCCUCCAGCGAUCUCGCGUCAUCAACUCGGCGGCGACGGACAAAUCGAUCGCGUUGGAGAACGAGAACACCUCAUUGAAGGCCGAAAUUGCUCUACUCAAAACAAAGGUACUAUACUUUCACCCACCUGGGCAAACCGCUGGCUGUGCUGAUAACGUUGGCUCUCUGCGCGGCGCGCCUCAGGCAACUUCAUCUGGCCGUACAACAGCGGCGCCCUCACCCAAACGAAACAGCGGCAGCAAGUUCGGUUUCAACUCGAGUGCUCCCCGAGCUUCGAUCGUUCCGCCCACACCAUCUCGACCCGCUUCAUCGCUAGGCUUCACCGCGUCCGGUACCUCGUCUGCGAUCCCCAAGCCAUCUUCGAUCCCGAACUCCAGCUCUUCCACCACUUCGCAUCGCCGAUCAUCCUCCGUCGCGUUACCCGGGCCCAACGGUCCUACCUCGGUCAAAUUGAACCAGCUGACUCAAGAAGUCGAACAGGCGCGCAGCAAGAUCGAAGGCCUCGAAAGCGACCUCAACGCGAUCAAGCAAAAACUCACCCUCAAGGAACGUGAAGCUCUGACUUUGGAGAAUAAACUCAUGGCCGCGCAAAAGACUUUGGCUGAUUCGAAUGAGAAGAAUCAGACGCGGUUGGGUGGGUUGGAGGAUCAGGUUGAAGAGAGUAAGAGGGAGAUGGGGAGGGUGAGGGAGACGCUUAGGGCCGAGUUGGAUCGGGCGCAACUCAAGGCUAAAGACGAGGCGAUCAAUUCCAAGAAUCUGAUUGAGAGGCUUAGGGCUGAAGUCGAGAGGAAGGAGCAAGAGGUCGAGAAGGCCGAGUAUGCAAAGGACGAUGCCGAACGACGUUUCGAAGCGAAGAAGGAUGAAGAGCUUAAGGCCCAGAAACAGCUCGAGGACCUCAAGAGGAGUAGAGACGAUCUCGAGCGCGAGGUGCAGAGGCUCAAGCUGAUGCUUGAGGCGAGUCGGGGUUCGGACGAGAUGGAGCGACAACUCGAACUGGCGCAAGAGCAGCUUGAGGGAUCCAACACGCUCGUGCAGGAACUGCAGACCAAGUGCACCGACUUGGAGCGGGAACUCGACUCGUCUCGGAAUGCGCUCGCCAAUGCUUCACAGGGUCUCGCGAAUGAGGAACGGAGCAAGCUCGAGUCCGAGUUUGAGGUCAUCCACACCCAACUCGAGGCCGAACUCGAGGCGACCACAGUCAAGCUCGGCGUCGCUGCGGAUAAGGUCAAGACGCUCGAGACUCAAGCUAAGGAUACCGAAGAGGUUCGAUCGAAGCUCGUACAAGCCGAAGCUCAGAUCGAAGACCUCAAAGCCCAGGUCGCCAGCCUCGCCGAACAACGAUCGGAUUUGGAGGAAAAGCUCGCGGCAUCACAGCAGGCGCGUGUGGACAAAGAGGUCGAGAUCGUCACCCUGACGCAGCAAAUAGCGGCACUGGAUACGUCUCACAUCGAGGCACUCCUUUCGGCGAACGAGGCGCAAGAGUCACUCGAGGCGGAGCGCAACGAGCUUCGUGCGCAACUCACAUCGAUCUCGGAGGAGCGUGAUACGAUCGCCAAGUCGCUCGAGCCGCUCACGAGCGAGCUGGGAGCUGUCAAGCUUGAGCUCGAAGCCGCCGACUCUGCUCUGAGGACUGCACGAACCGAACGCGACGAGCUCACAUCAACCCACCAAGCCGAACUGGACGUCUGCGACGAGGCACUGCAAGCUGCCGAGACUCGUAUUGCUGAGCUCAAUGCGACGAUCGAACAGCUGGUUUCUUCGUCGCAUGGUCGCAGCUACGAGGAUGCGCAUGUCGAGGCUCUCGAGGCCGAGCUUGAGGAGGCGAAGCGAACUCUUGAGGAGGGUGUGGCCAAGGCGAGCCAGAUCGAAGUCGAGUCGGCCAAGAACCGGGAUACUCUACAGGGCGAAAUCGACCGCCUCGAAGCUCAGAUCGAGGAGACAGAGACUGUGCAUCGUGAAAGGAUGGACGCAAUGGCUCGGAACGAAGAGGAGCUGCGCGUCGACUUGAAGGCUCGAGAAGUGGAGAUUGGGCGUGCUGGGCUGGAGCUGGAGCAGGCGACGAGAUCUCUGGAUGAGAUGAUGGUGGAACGCGAUGCGGCCAUCGAGGCGCAGGAGCAUUUGGAACGCAAGUUGCGAGACCAUGCAGCCGUCGAGGCCCAGCUCGUCGAAUUGCAUUCCACCAUCGCGACGUUGACACAGGAGCUCGAGGCGAGUCGCAACUCGAACGAGGAUGCUACGCUCGCCCACUUGCACGACGUCAAUGAGCUGCAAAGAAGGAUUCAGGAGCUCGAGAGGGAAGUUGAAUCGUUGCACGAGUCCUCCGAGUCGCAAGACGUGGGUGAAGCUAGGCUGAUGCGUUCCGAGGCGCGCAUCGCCGAAUUGACUGCGGAGCUGGAAGGCGUCGAUGAGCGUGUGGGCGAAGCCGAACGACUCGCGUCGGAUCGCGUCAGCAAUGCCACGAUCCGGGCCGAGCGCGCCGAAAGUGAUGUUCACCGACUUCAAACUGAUCUCGAUCGUGCUGCGCGACAGCUCAUCGAUGCCCAGGAUCAACUCCUGUCGUCCCCGUCUACUACUCCGGAGUCAGAGGAUACGGACAACAGGACGAACUUGCCCGCUUCGGGGACCUCUCCUACGUUCUCGAGCUUCUCCGACUCUGAAGCGGCUUCCAUUUUGGUUCAGCGCCUACGAGAGGAACGAGACGACUUGCGCUCCCGGCUCGACUUUUCCCGGAAUGAGCAAAAGUUCCGCGUUGAGGCGCUGCAGGAUCGUCUACUCGAGGCGGAACAUUCGAAGGCAACCGAGUUGGCCCGGUUGGAGGUCGCCUUGCUCGACCGCACCGUCGAGCUCGAAACGGAGACGACGUCCGGUCGAAUCAAGUCCGAGGAAGUCCAAGUUGCUCAGCACCGCAUCAGCGAACUCGAAAAGGAAUGCGCAGAGACUAAAAUCGAGCUCCUUCAUGCCAAGGCGGAGAUCGAACGAUUGGAUCAUGCUUUGGAGGAAGCGAGCAAGGAGGGGCAGGUUCAUGAGAAGCUUGUUCAAGCCGAGCAGGAGCUCCAGACGGCCGUUGCUGGAUCGUCGAAAUUGAAGGACGCCUGCCUGCUCCUGCAGUCGAAAGUCAACGAGCUCGAGGGACGGUAAGUGGUGAAACAUUUGAGCGGGAGGCUUUCGCUUAACCUGAGCUGAUGAAGUUACGUGGCGUUCACAGAGUUUUGCGUCGCAAUGCCGCCAUCGCCAUGCACGAACAGACGAUCGAAUCCCUGCGACUGCAAGUCGAACCGGACGACGAGAGCGAUACCAAAGAACUCGAUGCCUCUCCCGAGCUCGCACCAGCUCAUAUCGAACUUGCGAGCCGAGUCGAAGAGCUUUGCUCUGCGCGCGAUUCACUUCAACACGAGCUCACGGAACUCAAGGAUCAACUUGCGGAGGCGCAGAACGAACUCGGGAUUGCUAAGCAGGCCACGGUCGAUGCCUCUGCGUUGACGGCUUCGCUAGAGCGCCAAUUGACCGAACUGACUCGAUCUUCGGUGGAGAUGCAACAAAGCUCAGCGUCCACCAUCGCCGGCCUGCGGGAAGCGGUCGAAUCCGCGCACAGUGACAUGUCCGAGCUUGCUUCUCGAAUCGGUACGACCGAUCAACGUCUCGCCGAGGCAUUGGACGCUCUUUCCUCGACGACGGGCACGCUCGCUCAAGUCCAGGCACAGCUUAGUAGCGAACUUGGACGCGGUCGACAGCUCGAACAGACGAUUGCGGAGUUGGAGCACGAGAUCGAACAGACGCAUGCGGAGCUUUCGACUGUUGAGGCGGAAGCGGCGGAACAGAUGCAUGUUGAUGAACAGCGCGUGAGGGAGCUCGAGGUUGAACGGAAUGACAUGCGUGCUCAGCUUGCGGAGGUUCAGAAGGAACUCUUCGUGUUGAAUCAGCAACUCGAUGGCGCGGUCAAGGUGAACGAACAAGUUCGAGUCCUCGAGGUGGAGCUGACCGCUGCUCGAAAAGCAGUCGAGGAGGUCCAGGCCGACGUUGCCAGGGAACAAGCCGUGGCCACUGAAAGGUUGGCGGACGCGCAGGUUCGGUUCGAGGAGGACAAGCUGCGCGGCGAUGCAGAGAUGGAGGCCGCCAAGAGGGAGAUCCAGACCCUUCGCCAGUUAGGUCGAACAGCCGAUGACAAGAUCAAUGGCCUCCAGAGCUGUGAGUACUGGAUCAUCUUUAGAUUCUGGGCCGGUGGGCUGAUCGGCUUUUUGCGUUUGCAGAUAUCACCACGCUGGAGCAAGACUCGCAAGCACGCCAAGCCGACCUCGAUGGCGCGCGAUCACAACUCGAACAACUCGAAAAGAAGUCCCAAGACCAACUCCGCGAAGUUAUCGACAACCUGCAACUGCACGAACGUAGUUCGGCUGUACAAAUCGAGGCGCUUAAGGAUCGGAAUAGGGAUCUUGAGAGGGCGGUUCAAGAAGCUACGCAGAAUCAGGGUAUGCAGGAUGAGUCGAGGGCGCAGAUUGAGGAGUUGGAAAAGCAGGUUGAGUGUAAGACGAUUGAGGCGGAGGAGCUCGACGAGAAGGUCAUGGACGUGAGUUCGCGCAGUGGAUCGGUGGCCUCUGUGCUUUAAGCGUUUGUGCUGAUGCCUAGCUUCCCAUGCAGGUGCUGCGUGAGCAAAAGCGAUACGUGUCGCAGAUCGAACGACUCAAGGGCAAGAUUGAAUCCCUCACUCGAGAUCUCAAAGUCGCUCGAGCAGCCUCAGUCGCUGCUGCACCGGCUCCUGCCCCCGCUCCGGUCCCGACACAGCCCACCCCCGUCCAGCAGGCGAACCUUCCGCCUGUUCCCGUCUACGUCGAUGUCGCGCCGACCUCAGCAGCCAAGAAGCGACGGGCACCGAACGAGUUCGAUCCCCUUCCUUCGGCGACUGCAGCUCCUCGAGCAGUCAUGCCGCCGAUGGCGCGAACACGGUCUCUCGACAAGGAGAACGAACUCUCCGCUCGCACAUUCGCCCCUAUUACUAUCUCGACGAAACAAGACGGUUUUGUGCCCAUCAAGCCCGCUGCUUUGUCACCUGCCAUGAGAAGGGAUGCUUUGAAGAUGGUUGAGAGGAAUGAUGCCCCUUCAUUCGUACCGGUCGUGGUGCCGUUAUCGACCAAGUCUUUUGGGAUGACGCAGGCUUCCAACGUGGACUCGCUCAAGGCGAGGUUGCAUGGGAUGGGAGCGAGGGUUUGA